UUUUUAUCGAUUUUUUAGGCAAAGUUGUACAGCUUGUAAAAUUUUUGAUGUGGCAACGCUGUCUGUGGCCUUAGACACCUCACUGACCUCACCUUUCACUGUUCUCUGUUCUAUGCACUUGUUGAAACCUUUACACUAGCCGGAACCGGAAGUGCACAGUUUCUGAUUAGGGCGUCUGCCACGAACGUCACCGCAUCUAUCUGCAUAAAAGCAGUUUAAAUCUUGUGUGAAGUUCCUUAACAAACAAGACAAUGUCUCCUCCCUACAAACUUACAUAUUUCGACAUCAUGGGCCUGGCUGAACCCAUCAGACUGCUCCUCAGCUAUGGGAACCUCGAUUUUGAAGACUGCCGCGUUCCCAAAGAAAGUUGGCCCAAUAUAAAACCAAAUAUGCCUUUUGGUCAGAUUCCAGUCCUGGAGUUCAACGGCAAAGUUUACCAUCAGAGUAUCGCAAUUUCAAGAUAUUUAGCCAAGCAAGUCAAGUUGGUCGGCAAGGACGAUAUUGAAGACAUGGAAAUCGAUGCUAUCGUCGAUGUUCUUAUGGAUUUCCGCAGCAAGGUGGCCAAGUAUCAUUAUGAUGGCGAUGAAGCCGCAAAAGAAGCGUAUGCGAAGACUUUGUUUGGAGAAAUCGUACCCUAUUACUUGGAGAAGUUGGAUAAACAAGCUAAGGAAAACGGUGGUUACUUGGUUGGAGGAAAGUUGACUUGGGCUGACUUAAUUUUGGUCGGUUCCAUUGACUACAUGAACUUCAUGGCAAAGAAAGAGUUGCUUGCUGGCGCUCCCAAUUUGCUCAAAGUGAAAGAGAAUGUGGCUGCGGUACCCAACGUACAGAAAUAUUUGGAAACCCGUUCAAACAGCCACGUUUACUGCCAGUCGAAAGGUCUAGUGUUGCUCGUGUGUCGUGAGAUUGGGAUCGUUUUUAAAAAUAUAUUCUUUCAAACUAUGGAUACAGCUAGAGAGUUAAAAAAAAUGCAGCAACCACUGCCUAGCCUAACAUACUUUGCUGUACCUGGAUUAGCAGAGCCAAUCAGAUGGCUCUUAGCCUAUGGCGACUAUGAGUAUCUGGAAAACUCGAUUUCGUUCGACAUUUGGGGCGAUUACAAAGAAUCAACUCCUGCCGGUCAACUGCCCAUUUUCAAAGUAAAAGGAAAAGUUUUACAUCAGAGUAUGGCCAUUUCGCGGUUUCUGGGAACUAUUCAAAACCUUGCAGGGAACACUCCGAUGGAAAAUUGGGAAAUUGAUGCGGCCGUUGAUACGGUGACGGAUUUGAGAUUAAAAAUUGUUGCUUGGAGUGUGGAAACGGACCCCGAACGUAAAGACCGGCUGGCUUACACUUUGCAAAAUGAGUUUCUCCCCGAAUUUCUAGGGAAUUUGGAACGUCAAGCGGAGAAAAAUCACGGUCAUCUAGCACUGAAAAAGAUAACUUGGGCAGAUAUUGUUUUCGCAGCAACCGACCAUUUUUUAAGUGAUGUCUAUACAAGCGCAUUUGGAGGAACUGAGUUAUUAAGUGGCUAUCCAAAUCUCUUGUCUAUUGUCAGAAGUGUGCGAAAUAUUCCCACAAUUAAAAGGUGGCUAAGUAGCAGGGACCAUGAGUUAUCUUAACUCUUACAUUUAUUGAAUCAAAUCAUAAACGAUAGGAUAAUAUUUUAUUUUUUAUUUUACUCAUUGGCUGUUAAUUUUUGUGGAAAUAAAUAUUGUUCUUACUUCUA